AUGAUAGCCACUGGGGGAGUCAUCACCGGUCUGGCGGCCCUGAAGCGGCAGGACUCCGCCAGGUCCCAGCAACAUGUCAACCUCAGCCCAGCGCCUGCUGCUCAGGACCAGAAACCAGUCCGCAGGCGCCCGCGAGCUGACGUCGUGGUGGUUCGUGGGAAAAUCCGGCUUUAUUCUCCAUCCGGCUUUUUCCUCAUUCUUGGAGUGCUGGUGUCCAUCAUAGGGAUCGCCAUGGCAGUCCUUGGCUAUUGGCCCCAGAAGGAGCAUUUCAUCGACGCGGAGACCACGCUGUCCACCAAUGAGACACAGGUGGUUCGGAACCAGGGCGGUGUGGUGGUGCGCUUCUUUGAGCGGCAUCUACACUCUGACAAGAUGAAGAUGCUUGGCCCAUUCACCAUGGGCAUCGGCAUCUUCAUUUUCAUCUGUGCCAACGCCAUCCUUCACGAGAACCGCGACAAAGAAACCAAAAUCAUCCACAUGAGGGAUAUCUACUCCACAGUCAUUGACAUCCACACACUGAGACUCAAGGAGCAGAAGCAGGCCAACGGCCUGUAUGCGGGCUUGCUGGGAGACGCGGAAGUGAAGCAGAACGGCAGCCCCUGUGCAUCCAGGCUGGCAGCCACCACGUUGGCCUCCUUCUCAGGGAUGCGGAACAGCUUUCGUGUGGACAGCUCGGUGGAGGAGGACGAGCUGAUGUUGAGUGAAAGUAAGACCCCGGGGCACCUCAUGCCGCCUCUGCUAUCUGACAGCGCAGUCUCUGUCUUUGGCCUUUAUCCACCUCCAUCUAAGACCACCGAGGACAAGACCAGCAGCUCCAAGAAGUGUGACACCAAAUCGAUUGUCUCAUCAUCCAUCAGUGCUUUUACGCUGCCUGUGAUCAAACUUAAUAACUGUGUCAUUGAUGAACCCAGUAUAGAUAGCAUCACGGAGGUGGCAGACAACCUCAAAAGCAGGUCCAGGAAUCUUUCAAUGGAUUCUCUGAUGGUUCCAAUGCCCAGCACUGGUGAGUCCUUCCAACCCUCCAGCACAUUACUCCCAAGGAACAAUUCAGUUGGGGAGUCCCUGUCGAGUCAAUACAAGUCCUCUGUGGCCCUGGGACCCGGGACUGGGCAGCUCUUAUCUCCUGGAGCUGCCAGAAGACAGUUUGGAUCCAAUACAUCCUUACAUUUCCUCUCCUCUCACUCCAAAUCCCUAGACUUAGACCGGGGGCCCUCCACACUCACAGUGCAGGCAGAACAAAGGAAACACCCGAGUUGGCCUCGGUUGGAUCGAAGUAACAGCAAAGGGUAUAUGAAACUGGAGAACAAGGAGGACCCAAUGGAUCGGUUGCUGGUUCCCCAAACAGCGAUCAAAAAAGACUUUACUAACAAAGAGAAACUUCUUAUGAUAUCAAGAUCCCAUAACAACUUGAGCUUUGAACAUGAUGAGUUUUUGAGUAACAACUUGAAGCGGGGAACUUCUGAAACAAGGUUUUAG